AAUCUCUAUUUGCAUGUAAUGUGAGUUCGUUGCAAAGGGCACGGAAGAACAAGCUGCUCACCGCUGACGUCAACCACCUCGGCAUCUCACGACAGGUUUGGUGGCCGAAGCAAUCCCACCUUCAACAUUCUCGCCUUGAACAGACGGCCCCUGACAUGCCACUGCCCUCCAGCUUCCUAGUCACAUAUCAAGGAGCCGCACAGGGAUGAUACACCAUGUCCACAGCCGCAUACUCACCCCCGGACGUCACUUCUCCUCGUCGAGCUCGUGCUCCGAGGUCAAAGUCCGGCUGCUUGACUUGUCGUCGACGCAAAGUGCGCUGCAAUGAACAGAGACCACGCUGUUCUCACUGUGAGCGCCUCAAUCUCCAAUGUAGCUGGAGGCCUUCUACGAGCUUGUCCCAAACGCCAAGGCAAUCUUCCGAAAGUACAAUUUCUCACCAUGAAGUGGGGCCGGAUACCAACAUUGGUGGCUCGAAUCCUUUGGAUGGUGGAAACAGCCCCAUGCUGCAGGAGUCAAGGCAGAACAUUGUUAAUGGACCCUUCAAUGAUACGUUUGAUUAUGCGAGCUUCAUGUGGGAGAAUGAGUUGCAAGGUGGGAAUAUGCAACCAACUCGGUGGCGGGACUUGGGCUUUCCUGACAUGGACUUUCUGGACGCGGGGGAGGAGACCGAACAGCCCCUGGCUUCCUCAACAUACCUACCCAACGGCCAGAACAUUAAUUUCCAGCAGCCUCAGCCAUUCUUGGAUUCCCCGAACCUAAAUGGAUCUCAGGGAGCAGUCACCAGAAACCGAAAUGAUCCGGACGAUUCUUCUGAGGAGCGGUUGCUAAAGGAUUACUUUAUCCGAAGUGUGGUGCCGCCUAUCAUCGCCCAGGUGGAAACUCAGCUGAGGUGGUCUUCGAUGAGGCAGGUUCUGAUCUCUAUGUCCUCAACCUCGGCCAUGGUUCAUUAUGCAAUAUUGGCGUUCGCAGAGCUUCUUCUGGGUCGAAAGUCCAACAACCAGCCUCCAAAGUACCAAAGAUACUACGAAAAUGCGCGAUUGGAGCUUUCAAAACAACAGAACCAGAGAAUGUUUACGAAAGAGAACUCCUCUUCAACCGCACUGGAGCAUAUGCUCGCAGCUCUGUUCUUUCUCAGCUACAUCGACCUGCUAGAAGGUCGAAUAGUAGAUGCGCAUUCUAACCUCAAAGAAGCCUACGAGGCAUUUCAAGAAACAGACAAAUCCCAACUCCGCCUCGUUAGCAAACGUCUCAUUUCCUGGUUCCGUCUCCUCGACGCUCGCGCCGUGUCUGCAGGCGGCGAAGGCCUCUUCCUGUCCGAGAUCGACGAUAACCUCACUCAGUCCUCUCCAGCCAGCACAGAAAUGACCGAGAACAACGAAGGCUCGGAAGCAAACGUCGAAGAUGUGCUCUUCGACACUCUUUACCAACCCGGCUUCUACUUCUUUCAACGCAUCCAAUCCUUCAUGGGGCGGAUCUCCAAAAUUGACCCCUGGCAUCGAUCUCGGGGUACAGUGGAUGAUGAGACAGAGGUAAUGAACAUCGCGGCGAAAAUAUCGAGAGAUCUGGGAACGCUGUGGGCUAUGCGGCCUCCACUUAUGGAUUACGCACUCGAUGGGAAACUAACCUCUGCUCACAUCUCAUCCAGUCUUGUGUUCACGAUCACCAGGACAUCCCGUACAUAUUUUGCGAAUUUUAAUGCCUCGAAGAUACACUUGCAUCGCGUAGCAUACAAACAUCUCCCCUUAUCUGUUGAUACCGAGCAAGCGAUCGCCAAUAUUCGUAACACGGCGCGGUUAAUGGUUGAUGCUGGGGAGAGGGAGAAUAUGGGCGGAGAGCAGAAAAUGCUGCCGGUUAAUAUGCUGUGGCCACUUUUGAUGUGGGGGUGUGAGGAGAAUGAUAAAGAGAUGAGGGAUUGGAUUCUUGUGCAGAUUCGAGGGAUGGAGGGCGUGGCUACUAAUGCGAGGAUUACCGCGCAAGUGUUGGGGGAGGUGCAGAGGAGGCAGGAUGUGGGGAAGGUGAGGGUCGAUAUUAGAAUGGUUAUGCAUGAUAUUUUCAAUAGCUGUUUUGCUAUUGUUUGAUGGCUACCCACAAGAGGUGAAAUCAGGAGGCAUCAACAGUUGGCGUGGGAGUUUUAAGGGAGGUGUUUCCAGGUUUCUUUUUCAAGUGCUACGAGAUCCAGGGCUUUUCCAUGGUUGCAGCUCUAUGACGAGUCAAGACAGAUUCGACUCUACCCCGGAGUCUGGUGUUAAAGCCGAUGCGACGCGAGGCGAUC